CCGACCAAAGUAGAAGUAAAAAUUUUCACUCCGAUCAGUACCGACAGAUAACUGAUACCGGAAAGCCGGCCGAGCGGGAUUGUACUAUUAAAAAAUUCCAUUAAUGUUACUCAACAUUCUCAAACGGGUUACCAUUCAAACCUACAGUGCCAGUAAUUUACAAAUUUGCCAAAAUAUCGUCGAACGAGCUCUAUCCCACCAGCGUCCGAUAUCGUUCAGUGUAUUUACCAAAGCCUUUUCGCAACUUUCCGGAAUGGUUAAGCAAGGCCCACGUCCGCUCGUAAUCUGCGGCCCGUCCGGGUCCGGAAAGAGCACCCUGCUGAAGAAGCUGUUCAAGGAGUUCCCCGACACGUUUGGAUUCAGCGUAUCGCACACCACCCGGAAACCGAGACCCGGAGAGGAGAACGGCGUACAUUAUCACUUUGUCUCGGUGGAAGACAUGCAGGUGGCUAUUGAAAAUGGAGAAUUCAUCGAAACUGCCGUUUUCAGUGGAAAUAUGUAUGGUACAAGCAAACAAGCAGUGGAAAACGUACAGCAGCAGGGUAAGGUCUGCGUGUUGGACAUCGAAAUCGAAGGAGUCAAACAGGUGCGCAAUUCGGAUCGAUUAAAUCCACUGCUGGUGUUUAUCAAUCCUCCCUCGGUGGACGAACUCGAGCGCCGACUGCGGGGACGUAAGACGGAAACGGAGGAAAGCUUACAGAAGCGUCUCAAUACGGCGCGGGUCGAGAUUGAGUAUGGUUCCACUCCGGGUAACUUCGAUAUCGUGGUCCACAACAAACACCUGAAGCAGGCGUACACGGACCUGCGGGACUUCAUCGUUCGGGAGCUGGAAACCCAACAGAAUCAAGGUAUCAACGUUAGUUUGACGCGUGUAACCCUGAAUGAAGACUAAACCCGUUUGGUGCUCCCCUUCCCGUUUGAUGAUAAAUGAGUGCAUUUUUUUGUCGGCGAUCGGCAGAAUCCACCAGUACCGGAAUGCUGACCUUUUUUGCAAUGCUACAUUUACUAACCCUAAUCUUACAUUUAAGCUACACAGUUGAUACCCUUUUCUCCACCGUACCUAAACUCGAUUGUAUUAUGAACGUACAUCAUUCCGCUUUUCUUAAAAAUCUCUCUGGAUAAUUUAACCAUGGUGCUAACUAUCUAGUUCCGGAGCUCUAUUCACGUAAGGUCAAAGCAACAAUACAAUUUUGUUUUAAUUGAGAAUUAACACGAUGAAUAAUUAGAUUGAUAUUAGACAGCGAUUGUUCCCAUAUUUCGCGAAAUUGGUUAGAAUAAGUGUUUAGAGUUAAAAUGAAAUUGAAUCAAUAUUUUCAAUCGAGAGGACAUUGAACUUUUUUAUUUCCUUUUUCAAAUCUUUACAUUCCAUUAUUGUUUUGCAUUUAUUAAGAGAUUUGCUUUUCUUUACAUUAAUAAAACGCAUUAUGAUUUUUUGCGCUUAUCGAACACUCUUGCAUCAGUUUAUAAUAAUAGUGCCAGAACAGAAGAGCUGAUGGGGUAUUUUCUUCAGUGUUGUGCUUGCUAACAUUUAUGAUGAUAGUGCUGCCGGAUGUAUCUCAACCGACACAACUAAUGAUCCCAGAAUAAUUAUACUACCGAGUUAGGCUGUUGAAAUUACUAACCUCACUCGUCUAUUUGUAUCAAUAACCAUUUAAUUUGCAUGAGUACCACUAAUGCUGCGACAAUGAUGGAUGGGCUCUCAACAGAUGAUGCUUGUUUUGCUCUAUUUAUUAGUGAGCUUCUUUUUACCUCUCAAAACACUUUCUGUCAGUCAGACAAUAUCACGAUGGCCAAUUGUUAAAAUAAAAUACAUAACUAACUAUAUAGGAAGAAUAUAACAUGAUAGAACAAACGACAAAUAUGUUGUCGCUGAGACGGUUUGAUUGUACUAUCUGACGGAAAGUUAGUGUUGGUGCUGUGUUUUUUGUUUUUGGAAUCCAAUCAAUAAUGUGCUUUAAUUACAUAGACGUUUGUUCGCCAGUUUGCUUUCAACACCUUUAUUUAUGUUUUUUUCUCUUUCAAUUUUCUUUUAUCUCUCCAUACAAUUCCAAACACAAUCAUUACAAAAUGUUGGUUCUUCGGGGUUAUUGAUGGCUCGCGCUUCCACAUUUUCUCCCAUUAAUUACUACCCUCUGCAAACAACAGACAACUUCUUCAUAUCUUCCAUAAUCACACAUAAAGGCUAUGAAGUGUAAGCGCCUCAUUAACCUUUCCUUCAAAACGCUUCACCUCUACUCUAGUCGUGGGUGAGGGCACAUUGCACGCGCGCGCCAAGGGAACCGAUCCCUAUAAUUUAUGCCAAUAUUGCUUUUCGUGUUAUGCACGCACGCCACAUACACUUACACAUAAACACAUCCACAAAAUCCUUCACGCACUCUCUCCUAGAUUUGUAAUGGCCAGAGAUAGUGUUCGGCCACAGAUAGUGAUGAACCCCGCACUGAUGAACUCUCAAACACUGCUACCCAACGGGAAAUCAUUUGGACUAGUGGCAACGAAAAGGUUCAAAGCAGUUAGCAGUAGGAAAAAAUAUAUGUAUGAAAAAAUAAUUACAACCUGAAGGAUUACUCCAUUUCCUUCUGCCAUAGUUAUUAAGUUUAUCAUUGGUAAACAUAGACCCCGCCUCCCCUCACAUGAAAGCUUUCCAAAUGCAAUGUUUUAACUCACAAUUACAAAUGUAACAAAACACGAGAAGCUUUUAUCUGUUAGCCAGUCAUGAAACAAUACACCGAAGAAAAGCUGCUAGUAUUACGGAACCUGGCCCCAAGGACGAAAGUUCAACCGCCGAGGAUGUUUACCUGUCAAUCUGAUGUCAUUAGGUUUUACUUUUCCGACGAAUUUUGUACCACUUUACACACUCUAUUAGGGAUUGAAAUAGAUUCAAAUUAUCAGACCCGGUCGUAGUUUUUAAGUGUUUUAGGCUACUGUCGUAAAUAGAUGAACGUCGUCCCUUAGCAAACACAAUGAGAAGGGAAUCAAUACAAAUCCUGUAAGCAUGAUUAUUGAUACGAGGUUUGAAUAAAUGAUACGCUUCUAGACAAUGUUAGACAAUGCGUAAUUGGA